GUGUGAGAGGUACCAUAAGUGGCCAGUGAGGUCGGAUCGGGUCCGUCUAGUCUUGUCUCUAGUGGCUAAAGAUGCUUGCCGAAGAGCAGAUAAAGCAUCUGGCAUGCUUAGGUAUCAAAGUUAACGUCAGGGAUUGGACAGCUCGCAGCAGAGGUUAUUUGCAACCUCUGGGAGGAAAUGACAUUAUUUUAGAGACGUUUACAGUAUUUCAGCACUGGGCGGAAGCAUAUUCUUUAUUGAGAGAUGAGCCUACAAAGUCAUUGCAGGUAACAUAGAAGAGAAAUGCCUAAUAGUGCUUCUCUUUCUCUUACUGGAUAAAAAUAACUUCAAAGCUGAUUUGCAGCGACCAUGAAUCAUCAGUGAAGACAUACGGCAUUUUCUGGAAUAUUGAGUGUUCUCAUAAUGAAGAUCUCUCUUCUGCAGCAGAUGUAUAAGGACAUACUGGUAGGCAUUCCGCUAGCAAAGGAAAGCCAUCAUUAUAUCUCUUUACUUAAUCUGUGUGUUGAGCAGUCACCAGGAAGAGAUGAAUCAUGUAAUCGGAUGCAUCUGCCAUCUACUAAUGGUGGUAUGAGGAGCCAUCAGGACGCUGAUAUGUCGAAUUUGGUUGUCCCUACAACAGAUGAUACAUCAAAUAGCUUUGCAAACGUGAACUCCUCAUUCUGUCCACGAGAAGUAAUGCUUCUUCAGUUAACCUUGAUCAAGAUGAUGGUUGCUAAAGCAGAGUCCCAGGAAAUUGAAUUCAGUACAAGACAGAAGUACUGUGAGAUCUUUGCCCUUCUUCUGAAGGAGGCAAAAAUUGACUCAAAAUUGAUUUGUCUGCUUGGUAGUUAUGAUCAGCUGUUAUCUCACAUGGCUUCAAAAAGUUUAGCAUCUCUUGUGUAUUUCCAGCUGAAGGAAGAGAACGCAUUAAAUGUCACCUGGCUCACCUUUAGUUUGAAGACUCUUUCAGGAUUCCCUGUGAAUACCCAGGUAGCAGAAUGUCUGUGGACUCUUACAACUAUUAUCAAGGACAUGCUGAAAGAUGAAGUUUUAACCAAAGCAGGUAUUUUGAAGAAGUUGUUGGCUCCUCUUGAUGCUGUGCUUGAAGGAUUUUAUAAUUCCAUUCUGUUCCAUCAUUUUGACAGUCACCACUACACUUCACCUUAUUCUGAAGCUGCAAACAAUUUGAUCAGUUUUAUAGAUCUGCUUGAAGCACUUUUGGCUUCCAGAAUUGAAUUAGAACUACCGCUCAGAUGCCAGAGAGUAUUGUUUUUGAAAGUUUCUUACAUCCUGACACUCAUUAGCUCAUCAAUUCACUAUUUAAUCAAGAAGAAGUUAAUUAUGCUCCUUAAAAAAUGUGUCCUUUACAAGUCUAGAGAAGAUGCUAAAAGUGGAUCACUGUUCUUACAAAACCCAUCUUUAUAUGAGGAUAUGCUUGCCCUGAGUAAUGCUGUUCUGCAGGUUGUGAAUUUGGCUUGGCUUAAUCAGAUCCCACUCAGUGAAAAGGCCAGCUACUUUGGAGGCAGUGAGACUGUUCCUGGAGAUGGUACUCAAGGUGGUAGUGACCAAACUGUUCUCAGAGCCUUAAGUCUGGUUGUGCUUAAAGCACUGGAAUUCAAGUUUCAGAACUCUGCUACAGAAGCUGAAAUCAAAGGAGACUUUCAGAGUUCCAUGUCCCAGCUGUUGUUAUUCUGGAGGAGUCAUCUGAAGGCUUCCCUACAGUUUCACCCAGUUGUACAUCACUGUGAAUGGGUCUCCUUGAUUUUCAUAGAGCAAGAUGAUGAUAUGUGGGAAGCUGCUAAAGCUUUAUUACUCAUCUAUUUAAAAUUUGAUAGGUUACGGCAUGAUGCUGCUGAUAACUUAAGCCAAAAAGAAGAGGAAACCUGGAACUUCCUUACACAUGCAAGUGCAUAUAAUCCUCACUGUAUCUUUUUAUUUUUUCUAGAAAAAAUCGCAUUUGAUUCCACAGUACUUCUAGAUUUUCUGAUUUCAUCAGAAACUUGCUUUCUGGAGUACUUGGUAAGGUACUUAAAGCUUCUGAGCAAAGACUGGCAUCAGUUUGUAGAUGUCUGUAACGGUUUUGAUACCAAGGAUGGCACUUUUCAAUCAAUUUCUUCUGUCAAGCAAGAAAAACAAAGCUGUAUGACUGUUGAGAGUUUGCAAAAUGCUUGUUGUGAACCAGAACCACAGACUCUUGUAGCUUUGGCUGCUUCUCACAGCUACUUAGUGUUUACAACAGAGCAAGGUGAUAAUGAAGUUGUUGAGUCUAACCAGUCUAACUCAUUGAUAUGCACUGAUAGUACAUCUCUGCUGGGUUCUCUUCAAAGCCUUGUUAAUUAUGACAGCUCAGAAGACUCCGAAUUAGAAUCAGAUGGAAAAGAGUGCUUGGUAGACACAAAGCAGGUGCCUUUAAAUAAUGAGGGUAAGGUGAUGAUAAGGGAAACUGUUUGCAGCUACACAGAUGAUAAACAGAAUACGCUCAAGUGUGAAGUGUUGCCUCUGAAACAAAAGGGAUCUAAUACCUUACCCUGUUUGACUUGUACAGCGUCUCUGGAUAACGUCAUUCCCCUAAGGACAAUGCUUUACACAUCAACAAAAUGUCUGGAAGAACUGCAAAAAGCUAUUUCUAGGUUGCAGAGAAGAAAUCUUUUCCCAUAUAAUCCAUCUGCAUUGUUGAAGCUACUGAGCCACGUUGAGAAGAUCAGUAAGAACGUGAAUCCACAAUAAUCCAAAGAAGUGUUCUGGUGAUUUUUUUUUUUUUUUUGUUAACUAGUCCACUAGGGAAUGUUUCCAUAAGAUUAAUGACUUCUAAAGCUCAUGCCUCUUGCACCUGUCAGCUUAUUUAACUUGCAACAGGAUAAACGUGUUUUUGGUUGACACCUUAAAAAUCUGCAAUUGAAUUCAGUGAUAUGAACCAUUACCUUAGGGUCCUAAGCUUAUUCAUGGUAUGUAUGUCAGUGUAUGGUAUAUAAGGAUUAAUUGUUAGGUAUUCAAAAUUUGAUAAUAAAUGACUAAUGUGAAAGCAUAUCAACAAUAUAUAAUACUUAAAGUAUUGUCAAUUAUACUUAAUGUCACUCUAUAUAUGAAGUCAUUGCCAGAUUGGUAGUGAUUUAUGGAGAGCAGUGCAGCGUUAAUGCAAUGCUUGACUGCUCAGAGGUUGAGCUAAAUAAAAUAUUUUAGUUGGGGACAGUUUUGGUGUUUAUACUCUGUGUUCUGCCAUCGGUGCUUUGCUCUAAGUGGAUAUUCAGAUGUGCUGCCACAAUCACAAUAAUCCGUGCCACGCUUUUCUUUGCUGAAGUGCUUAAUUGACGUCUAGGAUGUACUUUUUUUAGCUUUUACUGUUUACCUGAUUUAAUCAGCAGUAUUAACAUUUCACUGAAAAUUGAAUUUAGUUUUUCGCAGUAUUUUAUGGUAUAUUCUUUCAAUUAAAGGGAAAGGUAUAUAUGAGACUGAUGCGUAUAUUGCUUAUUUAUAGAAGAUUUUAGUGGAGCGUUAUAUCUAAAAUCAAGCUUAGGUAAUGCAGAAGUGAAAUUUCAACAGAAUUCCUUGCAUCCAUUAUGUAUUUUAUAAAUACUUAAUAAAUUUGUUAAAUCAGAAACAGAUAAGUAGAAAUAAGUGUCUGCAGUGCAGUGAGAUGGAUAGUGAAUUCUUACUAGAGAAAGUUAUUUCAGAACAGGAUCCAAACCAGUGUGUGCAUUUAGCAGGAAGCCACCUAAUGUUGGUACACUUAACGUGCAGCUUGUAAUGAUCUUACAAGUGUUAGGCAAUGGGAAAGUACUGACGACGGGGACUACUGUAGAAAUCUCAGACCUCAUCAGAACUGUAAGAAGCAGUUUUCCUGUUAGGAUCAUCUCUUGAAGGUAAGUGCUCUAUUCUGAUUGAGAGCCAAGUAAGUUCUAUCUUCCUUUUAAAUAGCUACUUAGUGUUAAAAUACAUACUGAGUUAAGACAAACAGUCUCUGGAGCAGGUGGCUGACCCCCAAUCUCUGUGACUGUCUUCUAGAUCAGUCUUGAGCUCUGAACUGGUCAAUUGACACUAUUGGGAGGGGAAGAAACCUAGGUUAAGCUUAUGGGAUAAUUUAGCUGGAAAUUACAGUGCUCUCCAGAGACACUUGCAUGGUAUGAAUUCUCAGACAGGAAGGUUUGAACCUCAGUCUUAUUCUUUCAGGAUGACAGCUGUAAUCACUUGGCAGUUAUAUAGGAAAGAGUGAUCCCCUUCACUGGCAUGUAGGAGAUCUGAAUAGUCUGUGUGUUUGUUGUGCUUUGGUUUCUUCCUGAGAACUUUUGUGUGUAGAAGUGGGUGAGAAUGUCAAUGAAUGGAAACUUUUCCAUUCAUGCUUAUAGUUAUUUUAGUUAAAAACUAACCUCUGAGUUGUCCAGGGCAGAAUAAUGCUGGUUUCUCUUUACUGUUUGAAUUUGGUUAUGCUCUAGAUGCUGAGUUGCUCAUUUCUGUCAGGACUGAAAUGUCUCUGGGCAUGUUCAAAGAUGCAACUCUAGACAACUUGGGAACUUUUCGGUUCAAACAAAGGAAGUGCCUUUGGCAAGGCAGUUGAGCAAGAGUUUCUCAAUAUCGCAAUUUUAAAGUUAGGUAGGUACUUACAUUUCAGUGAAAUCCUUUCCACUAUCCUCACUCUUAAUCUACCCUUUGCUGACUAGUUUAUUUUAACUGAGUAACUUCAUUGUUUUCACUGAACAUAGUAUUGUUCAGCAUUUCUUAGUCUAUACUUUGCGAGUUGGAAGUAUCUAAAUUACAACAGUACUUCUCAGACACUGAUAAGCAGUGUGGGAUAGGUAGAAUGGAGAGAUAAUUUCAGUUUUGUUGAGUGCUAGUCGUCUUCUUUGACAGUGAUAACAACUGUAAAAACUUUCUUGAAGUAAAAGUUUAGAAAUCUCAGAACAGUGUGUUGCAUUUAGCAAGAAGUGUAGGAGCCAUAACUUUUGAUUUUUUAAUACAGCAAAUCCAAUUGCAAUCCAACUGUAUUUAAUUCUUACAGGCAUGAAGUUGAUUGUGUGCCCAGUUGGUUAUUAGUAGUGAUCAUUCCCACAUGUUUCACUUCUCAGAAAGCCAUUGUUUUAAUUCUCAGAAUGUUUUAGUGGUAAAAAUGGGUAAAUGUGGUUUGUAUCUGGCAACUAGAUACCUUAAUGUGUUGAUAUUUUACCAUUUAUGAACUGUAGGACCCGAGACAGUAAAACUGAUGUGAGUCAACUUUUUUUUUAUUGCAUGCAAAAUGAGUGUGAGGAAUGAAGGUAGCUAGUGGUUCUAUGGCUAUAUUCAAAAAGUCUAGCACAAAGAAAACACCUUGCAAAUGAACUUGUAUUUUAAUCCAUUGCUGAGUAUAUAAGUUGGGGUUGCUGGGGUUGGUUUGUUUUGGGGUUGUUUUGUUUGGUUUUUUUGCUUCAGUUUUUACUAUCUAAAAUUUUUAGGCAGAGCUGUUAUUUCAUUUGCUAGAGAAAAUUAGCUCAGCUGCAGACCCUAUUACCAAUGUUAAAUUAGAACUUAGGAAGUAGAUCAGUUAUUACUAAGAGGUUGAUGUGCCUCACCUUUGGAUAUUGAUAUCUAACAACUUUUCUUGUAUUAUUUCAAAGCAAGACACAGAAAAAACCAGGUGACUUGUCUGGAGAAUAGUUUUCUGUCAGAGCACUUAUCCUGAAAUGUCCACAGUCUCCAUCUAUGUCUGUGCAGUUGUUUUGAGGAGUUUUACCUUCAAUAUCAACAGAAUAAAUUAUGCUUUAAUGAGGUAAGCAGUUAGCACUAGAAAUUGCUUACAGGAUGUGCUUUUUAAAAAGAAUAGUUUUGAACUUUAAUAUUUGUAGAGCUUGAUUGCAAUUACAGCUGAAUCCAGGUGGUUCCAUGCUUGUGGUUCUUCAAACUGGAUUUCCUCCAAUAUUUUUAUGACUGCUUUCCACUCGAGUUUUAAGACUUGUAAUACGAGUUUUAAUCCUGUAAUACAAGAAUAAAAGUCAACCCUGAGAAUUUCUAUACUUAUGAUACUCUUGUAAAGCUGGGAAUAAGGAACCUUGGUUGUUCCCUGGUUUAUCACUGCAGGAUAAGCAUCAUUUGUAGUUUUUCCAAAGUCAGUCUGAGAUGGUGUCUGAUGUCAGUAUCAAGUAUUUAUUACAGUGUUUCAGUGUCAGUAGGAGUGAAAAUACUGUGGUCAUUACAGUUUUACUUCUGUGUAUUUUCCCUUGAAGAGUUGUCCAAAUGAAUUUGUAAAAUCUUGUUGUAUUUUGUACAACUCUUAUAGGCUACCUGGUUCACUCUGAAAUCCUGUUAGAAGCCAAUUGUAUGUGUCAGAAUGGAUGAUAGGCAGUCUUUUGGUUGUUAGGUCGACAGCAGGCAUGGACAUGGACUUGGUUGAGAAACAUCUCAGGUAUUUAAGCUUUUCCACGUCAUUGUCUUUUUAAAUGAGUUUACUGCUGAUAACUGUCAGAGACACUCUUUAAUAGACAAGCUGGCUUGGUUUUCAUACAGCAAGGAAGGAAGGAAUACAACAAUAUAUUUUGUGGUAAAAAGCUUGCAUGGAGAAUUGCAAUAUCCUUAAGUUAUUUCUGGUUCCUACUUACCUCUGCUGCAAAACAUGGGUUUUGUCAGUCAGUGGUGUCUUUUCAGGGGGAAGAUUUGAAAAAAAUGUGAAAUGCUCGAAAAAGUAGCACGCUCAACCUCAAAAGUAAAUGCACUGCUGAAUAUUGGCUUCCUUAAAAGGUUGUAGGGGAGUUUUGUAUGUACAUAUCCUGAAACUAUGUUAGGAGUUCUAGCUGCUAAUCGUAGUUGUCCAAGAAUCUGCCUCAUUUCGUCCUGGUGCUAGAGAGUUGAAACCUGAAAGAUGUUCUGUGGAGCGUCAAAGAGCUUCCAAAUGUCCAUAGCUACUUUGAAGGAAGUAAUAGCUGCAUAAGAAACAACGGAUAAGAUUUUGAAGCCUAUUUGGCAAAACAGCAUGCACUGAUUAAGUAAAAAAGAUUUGUCAAAUUACAAAAUCCAGUGUGCUUAUUUCCACAUUCACAAUGUUCAUCCUUCGCUUGCUAGCUUUAUCUUCAAAUGUAAUCUUUUGGAGUUUGUCAGCUCUUAAAAUAAUUUUGUUACUACAGACCUUUUAUAGCUAUUUCAUGUAGGGAUUUAACUGAAACAAAAAAGCUAAUGCUUUCUGAAAACUUAUCUAAAGUACUUGGCUUCCUUGAUAGUAUUUACAUUCUUCAAGAAAAUCAGGUAUGAAAUGGUGUUCUCUUUCUGCUGACACCACUACAGCUGCUGUGAGAAUUAGGCAAAGAUCCAUUAUGCAGCAAAUGUAAAACUCAACCAUGAGUUUUGGGUUUGUGGUUUUUUUUAAUUGUUUAUCUCCUCAAGGGAGUAUCUAGUACUUGAUCAUUUUCAACAGAAUAUUGGUCCCUCUGAAGGAGUGCUGCUUCACCUAAGCUAAAAAUACUGACCAGUAUGAUGCCAGUGUUUUCUGUAAUUUUCAAUUAUGAGCUGAUGCAGAGGGGGAAAUUGCUGGGUGUGAAGCAUCAAAGGGAUUGCCUUUCAGUUUCACCAAGCACAUGCUCAUAUUUUGCACUUGUGUUCUCUGUGGAUGGAUAAAGAUUGAUGCUCUAAUAGUCUUCUAGUAAUGUAAUCAAACAACAUUUGCAGCGUUGUCUUAUGUGCAAGUGUUACAAAUUGUUGAGGUUUAUUUUCAUACAGCUGUUAAACCAGUGCUUCCAGCUCCAAGGAUCAACAAGACAUCUUUUUAAUCCUAUGUUAUUUGGACUGUUGGAAACGAAUUAAAAAACUCUCUGAAAGAAUUGGUUGGACUAAUUGUUAAAUGUCUAGUGUUGCAGCCAGAAGAUUUUGUGUAUUAGUCUCCUGCAUCUUAAGAUGGGAAUAGCACAUUGGGAGUAUUAUUUGAGUGAAUUAGCAGUGCUGUGUUUGGAGUGGAAAGGGUGAACAAUAGAAGUCAAUCCUUAGAUGCAGUUGUUCUUGCUAAGAUUUUGUGAGUAGCAUGCACGUUUUAACACACUGCUCGCUAUAAACAUGAGCAACCAGUUACUCUUCUUGCUAAAUUUACCUUUUCAAACAUAUUAGAACAUAUGUAGUGAAAGUACCUUAUAUAGAUAUGCGGUUAUACUUGAAUUGCUCCAGUGUUUCUGGUUAUUAGAAAGGUGAAUUUGACAAGUAUGGACAGGUUGAUGCUAAAUCAAGGGGAAAAAAAAAAAUCUCACCAAGGAUAAUUUAAAGACAAAACAGACUAGGAUUUUGCAUCAAGAAUGCUGACCAAACUGUAACCAGAUGAAUUCUUCAUUAAAUCACACAUACACCUCUGUGCUGUGCCUCUGGAUAUGAGAGUGUUCUUAAUUGCUGUCCUGGAAGCUUAUUGGUACGCUGUAUAUUCAGUAUUUAAAUGAAAUACAGCCAAGAGUUUGUAACAGCUUGAAAGAGAGAUCAUAACUGUGGUAUUUAUAUCCCUCAAUUGUUAAGUGUGCAAGAGAAAUUGGUUAGAAAGCAGUCCCCAGGGAAUGUCAAUGUCUUUUCCUGGAGCCUUUUUCCUAAGGCAUAUUUGAAGCCUAUCAAUAAUCCUGUUCUCUGCAUUUUAGUGAAGUGAUGGUGGCUUGGGUCAGCAGUAGAGUGUGUUAGUGUUCCUUCACUUCCCUCCACUGUCUUUAUCUUUCCAGUAUUACCACUGACAUCCUCUUUUUAUCCAAUUGUCAUCUUCCUUCUUGUUAUUAAGGGCCAGAUUCUCAAAGUAUUGAGUUUUCCAUUUCUUAUUAAAAUUCACAGGAACCAAGUUCUGAAACAAUAAUUUUAAAAGAUUUAAGCAUUUUGAAGAUUUCAGCCUAUGUGUUCAAAUUGUGUGUAUUCCUGAUUUAGUCCUGCAGAGGUAUUCAUGUAUGAUAACUAUUUAUUACCUUAAUGCUUGCUCUGUUCAAAAUCAGGUAUCUAGUCUUCAGUUAUGACAGAUGGCAUUAUUAAUUAGUAAUGAAUCUCUCCUUACUUAAAAACCCUGUAUGGAUUAUCGAUCAGGUCAUACUUCGAAGACCAAGAAAGGUCUUGAGAAGAAAGCUUUUUGAGAGAUUUUAAGUGGACUUCUUCAUCCCUUUUAUGUAGGGGAAGGUUGGUAUAUUAGGAGAAGAUAUGAAUUCAUGUGAAGAAGAGGAGCUUAGCUUUUAAAUGACAGAUGGCAAGAUUAUGAGUUACGAUAUUGAUGUCCUUGAAUGUGGGACUUGGAAUGAUUCAUUUUCAGAUAUUUAUUGAUUCUUGAGGAGCACAAAGUAUAGGAAUAUCAAGGUUUUUUUAUCUUGAUCUUGAAGGAAUGCCAGAUAGCAAGCAGAUGGGUUUCACUGGUGGUGAAAAGAGAAUUGAGUCCAAAUUAUUACUAUUUGAUCAAAUUGAUCAAAUUUAUUCCUACUUUUUCUCUGUGUAUGGAUGUGACUGAGAUCUGAUUACCUGUCUGCCAUUGAAAAGAUAAUCAGUUAGCAAAAAUUACUAGGUACUAAUAGGCAAUAUGUUUAGAACAUUUAUCUGUUGGUUCCCCAGACAAAUUUUAAUUUUUUUUUAAUAAAGGAAAAUAAAAGAAACCCUUUUGUUUGGAGAUUUGUUGGUGUUUUUUUCUCUUCUUCCCCCUGCAGGUGCCAUCAUACACAACAGCUCUGAU